GCGUUUAGGCGACACAGGUCUACGUUCAUCUCACCGUACCCAAACACUCCGAUUAGGUUUCUCCCAUUUCAUUCCUCUGACAAACUUACACCAAAAGCCGACGACAAAGCCGUCACCCAUUCAUCCUUUGUCAGUGUUUCACCCUCGCUUCUUCAAACCCUCUAUCAAAGAUUCAAAGGAAACACUGCAAAAAUAUAGGCGCCAUAGAGAAUCUCUGAACUCUAACCCUAACGAGAUACAGCACUGAUUCCAAUGGCGUCAAAAUUCGGCAUGGCCGGCGGCAUACCAGAGCGGCGGGUUCGACCGAUAUGGGACGCCAUCGAUUCUCGCCAGUUCAAGAAUGCUCUCAAGCUCUCUGCCUCGUUGCUUUCCAAGUACCCCAACUCUCCCUACGCUCUUGCACUCAAGGCCCUCAUUUUGGAAAGAAUGGGAAAAUCUGAUGAAGCACUAUCUGUUUGCUUAAGUGCCAAAGAGCUGUUAUAUACCAAUGAUUCGGUUUUAAUGGAUGAACUAACGCUCAGCACAUUGCAGAUUGUUUUCCAACGACUUGAUCGCUUGGAUUUGGCUACCAGUUGUUAUGAGUAUGCUUGUGGAAAAUUUCUAAACAAUUUGGAAAUCAUGAUGGGGCUUUUCAACUGUUAUGUUCGUGAGUACUCAUUUGUCAAGCAGCAACAGACAGCUAUUAAAAUGUACAAGAUUGUUGGUGAAGAAAGAUUUUUGCUUUGGGCAGUUUGUAGUAUUCAGCUACAGGUGUUGUGUGGCAAUGGAGGAGAGAAGUUGUUACUCUUGGCAGAAGGUUUACUUAAGAAGCACAUUGCCUCUCAUAGUUUGCAUGAGCCAGAAGCCCUUAUUGUCUACAUUUCCGUAUUGGAACAGCAAGCUAAGUAUGGGGAUGCAUUAGAAGUUCUUUCUGGGAAAUUAGGAUCACUUCUAGUGAUUGAAGUUGAUAGGCUACGCAUACAGGGGAGGCUUCUUGCUCGGGCAGGUGACUAUGCAACUGCUGCUAAUAUAUAUCAGAAAGUCUUAGAAUCAUGCCCUGAUGAUUGGGAGUGUUUCCAACAUUAUUUGGACUGUUUACUGGAGGAUGGCAGCUACUGGUGCAAUGAGCCUCUUAAUGAUUCAGUUCAUCCGCCAAAAGAUGUGGAGCGCAACUCUUCGCACUUGACAGAUGAAGUGUUUAUUUCUCGUUUAUCAAAUGCAUCAGCCUUUGCACAAAAGUUACAAGCAGAAGCUGGUAAUGAUUUUAUAAGAUGUCCUUACUUAGCAAACCUUGAAAUUGAGAGGAGGAAGCAAUUGCAGGGAAAGGGGGAUGAUGACAAAUUAAUAGAAGUUCUGAUGCAAUAUUUUUUCAGGUUUGGUCACUUGGCCUGCUUUGCUUCUGACAUUGAGGGGUUUCUCCGAGUCUUACCUUUCGGUAAGAAGGAGGAGUUUCUGGAGAAGUUGAUAAAAAGCUGUGAUUCCCUGUCAGCAGUCCCAACAAAGUUGCUGGGACAAUCAAUUAGCCUUUUCAAAAUUGAAGAAUUAAUUGGCAACAUGUUCAAGAUCCCUGUGGUUGAACUUGAGAACUCUGCUAUAAGAAUGGCACAAAUGUAUUGCAAAAACCUUCCACUUUCAAAGGACUUGGAUCAACAAGAAAGCAUGCAUGGUGAAGAGCUCCUAUCUAUGGCGUGCAAUGUGUUGGUUCAGUUGUUUUGGCGUACUAGGCAGCUAGGCUAUUUGCUGGAGGCGAUUAUGAUUCUGGAGUUGGGCUUAACCAUCCGAAGACAUGUGUGGCAGUACAAGAUCUUAUUGGUGCACUUGUAUUCGUACCUGGGUGCUUACUCUCUAUCAUAUGAAUGGUAUAAAUCUUUGGAGGUGAAAAACAUUUUGUUGGAAUCUGUUUCACACCACAUUUUACCUCAGAUGUUGGUGUCUCCCCUUUGGGUAGAUUUGAAUGAUGUCUUGAAAGAUUAUCUCAAGUUUAUGGAUGACCACUUGAAAGAAUCUGCAGAUCUUACAUCUCUUGCAUAUCGCCACCGCAAUUACUCUAAAGUGAUUGAGUUUGUCCAAUUUAAAGAGCGUUUGCAACACUCCGAUCAGUAUCUAAUGGCAAGGCUUGAAGCUCCCAUUUUACAGCUCAAGCUGAAUGCAAAUAACAUUGAAGAGGAGGAGUGCAUUCUUGAAAGCUUGAAAAGCAGAGUUCACUUUCCCGAGUUCUCUAGUGAAAUUGGAGGCAAAUCUUUAACUUUCAAUGAGGAUAUGCAGUCUCGACCUUGGUGGACACCAAUACCAGAUAAAAAUUAUCUUUUAGAACCGUUUGAGGGAGUUUCCUUUUGUCCUCGAGAGAACUUGCAACAGCAGAGGAAAGGAAGGGAAGCGAAUGUCCGGACUGCCAUUGAGAAGAGAUCCCUGGUUCCACGGAUGAUCUAUCUGUCUAUCCAGUGUGCUUCAGCAUCACUCAAAGAAAAUAUUGAAGCCAAUGGUUCCAUGUAUGACCCUAAGAUCUCCUCAGAGCUGAGGUUUUUGCUUGAACGCUAUGCAAAGAUUUUGGGAUUUCCUUUCAAUGAUGCAAUACAAGUUGUUGUAGGUGUUUUGAGUGGCCAAAAGUCCUCUGAGGCUUUUAAUUCAGACACAGUUGACUGGUUGAACUUUGCUGUGUUUUUGAAUGCAUGGAACCUGGGUUCUCAUGAACUAGGGCUGUCAGAUGAAGAUGGAUGCAGGCCUGGUACUUGGCACAUUGUUAAUUCUUUGUUGGAGAGAUACAUUGUGGAGAAAGUCAGAUCCAUGGGACCUCUAAUUUCUUCUCUUGGCUGUGACCUUCCAACUUUGGUGCAAUUGGUAACAGAACCAUUGGCUUGGCAUGGUUUAAUAAUCCAAUCCUGUGUUCGAUCAGCCCUUCCAUCUGGAAAGAGGAAGAAGAAAAGUGGAUCUGUAGAUCAGUCAAAUUCUCCAGUUUCAAAUGCAAUUCGGGAUUCAAUCCAAUCUCUCUGUAGUAUUGUUGAGGAGGUUACAAAAUGGUUAAGAGUACAGAUAAAAAAGUCUGAGGAUGAAAAUGUGGAAAUCAUACUCUCCUCUUUCCAGACAAAAGAACAGACCGUGGGGCCUGGGCAGGUGUUCCAGGUUUUACAAGCUUUGAUCUCAUCUGCAAGUGAUACUGAACUUGGUGACCGGAUCUCUCAAUCAUUGAAGUCAUGGAGUCAUGUUGAUGUCGCAAGGAAGCUAGUAACUGGGCAGCGGAAGGUAAUGUCCGAGUUCCUCCAAAUUUGUGACUCCAAAUUUAAGUUGCUCCAGUCAUUAAGGCAGCAGAUAUAGCUGGUUUAAGUUUGAAGGGAUCAAUGGCAGCAGCACAAAAAUUUUCUGCAUUUGGAUCAACCCAACCCCAUUCUCCUGGUCGCAUUUUAAGUUUGGAUCGACCUGAAUCUCCUACUGUUAGAUCAAACCCUAUAUCUUCUCCAAGGUAUUUAAAACACCCCUACACAGCAACGAAAUUGGCAGCAACUCUGAAGUUAAUGGGUGCUGCACGGGCUUUGUGAUCAGCUGCAAUUUUAGUGGUUUUGUUUUUUUGUUUUUUUUGUUCCCUUUUUUCACUUUCAGAUUUUCUGUUGGGCAGUGUACACUAAAUAAACAUGAAAAAUUUGUUCUCUGAUCGAGUUCCAUAUCUUCACAGGCUUGUAUCUUUACUCUUUUCUAAGCUCAAAUUUUGCCAAUGUAGAUUCAUUUCAUUCUUCUAGAUUGAAGUUACAAGCUUAUGCUGUCUUGUUCUC